AUGGGAGCUUACAUCUCCUCAGCUUCAGGCACCGCCUCCGUCUCCGACGAAUCCAAGCACCAGCACCUCCAGACAGCCAAAGUCAUCGCCCCCGACGGACGUUUGCUGGAGUACCACGCCGAAACCACUGUCCGUGCCGUCCUCGCUGACGCCGGCCAUCAUCUCUUGAAUAUUUUCCUCUGUAGCUCCGACGAGCUCUACUUCAACGCCAAAAUCCUAGCUUUGGCGGCCGAGGACACGCUUCGGCUAGGGCAGAUCUACUUCCUCCUCCCCUUUUCCAAGCUCCACCACCCGCUCUCCGGCCCCGACAUGGCGGAGCUCGCGGUGCGAGCGAGCGUGGCUCUCUCUGCGUACGCUUCCGACGACAGCGAACGGAGGCGCAAGAGUGGUCAGAGACUCAUGCCGGCGGCGGCAGAGUUAGCGGGAGAGCAGGCCGCCGUGCUUAAUGAAGUCGUCAAUGAGAAAGAAAUUGGAUUUUAUUCGGAAAUUUGUAGCAGCGAUCAGGAUUAUGCAACGAAUUCGUCUUUUGAGAAGAAGAAGAUGAAGAUGAAGAUGAUGAUGAAGCGGAGUGAAUCAGUGCGGAUUAACUCCCGGCAACGACGGCGGAGUCGCAGGCAGAGGUUGAGCAUGAUAGAAGAGAUUGUGUAG